AUGGCAGACCUUGAGGCCAUCCCCCCAGGCCUGGUCCAUGGCCUGGAGAACCAGGGCACCGCCACCAAGGCCGCCGUGGCGGUCUUCCUCACAAUCGCCCUGGCCAACGCGAUAGAGUUGAUUGUCCUCAUAUUCUGGACCUUCCACCGCUACCGAGGGCUCUACUUCUGCUCUAUGCUCGUGUCCGUCUCGGGAGUCAUCCUGAACUCGAUCGGCUCCAUCCUCCACUACUUUAAUUUUGGCCCACUCUGGCUCGGUCUGCCGCUCUUGUAUACGGGAUUCAUGAUCAUGGUGCCUCCCCAGUCACUUGUUCUCUACUCCCGGCUGUACCUGGUCUUUUACAAUGACAAAGUGCUCCGAUUUCUUCUCUAUUUUAUCAUCGUCGCUUUGGUUCUCCUCCUCGUCCCUGAUACGGUGAUCACCUAUGUUGCCGCAGCACUCCGCACGCCACCCGCGAAUCUCGCAUACAACAUCAUCGAGCGCUACCAAGUCACCGGCUUCUCUCUGCUCGAAAUUUCACUGUCCCUCUUCUAUGUCUACGCCACGGCCAAGCUGCUGCGGCACAGCCCCGAGGGGAAGCCCCGGAUCAAGCAGAUCCUCUACGAGCUGCUGGCGAUCAACUUCAUCACGAUAGGGCUGGACAUCACCUUUAUCAUCCUGCAGUACCUCAACCUAAACUACCUCCAGAUCUGCCUCAAGCCGCUGGCGUACAGCAUCAAGCUGAAGCUGGAGUUGGCGAUCCUGGGCCGGCUCGUGGCGUUUACGAAUCUGCGCAGGGCCAAGAUCCAGCUCGGGGCGCGGAAUGCUGAGUUUAUGGGCACGGCGUUUGGGCUGGAUGAUUUGGGGUCGGUGGGGACUGGGAAUGAGGGAUCUGGAUAUGAUCCGUCGGGGGCUACAGAGACGAACAGUACGAGGAGAAUUAAUGCUAAUAAUAUAUGA